AAUUUAGGAGGCGCUGCGAGUGCCGUUGGCUGCUGCCGCUCCACGUGGGUGCGCGGGGACCUUUCUGUGGCGCGCGGGCGGCCCCGGGAAGACGAGGGCCCGCAUAGUCAGUACUUGGCUGGCCUGUGCGCGGGAGCUGAAAUCUCCUGGGUUCCACCGGCGCGGGGCCAACCCGAGCUGUAGCGUCUCUCAUCCUCUUUAGUUGUGGCUUAGGACUCAGAGCCCUCGUUACCUGCUGAGGCUUUUUCGCGCUGGCGCUGGCUUUGUACCUGGCUUUGUACGGUAAGCACGCUCUGCGUUUCCUUCCAACGAUGGCGAAACGGAAGAGAAAAUCUCCUGAAGUGACAAAGAAAAAGAGCAAACAACUGAAGAAGGUGUCUGCAGAAGAGAUACUGCGGGCACCUGAUGCCACACCAGACGAGGAAGAAGCCAGCCUGGAAGGAGUGGCAGAGAGUCGGGUGCAGGACACAGUCCCUGAGCUGUCCCCAGAGGAAAGGAGGGUCCUGGAGAGGAAGCUGAAGAAGGAACGGAAGAAGGAAGAGAAGAAGCAUCUGCGCGAGGCAGGGGUCUCAGCAGUGCAGACUCCACCAGCUAAGCGCUCAGGGGCAGAGCUGGCCCUGGACUAUCUCUGUGGAUGGGCCCAGAAGCACCAGAGCUGGAGGUUCCAGAAGACAAGGCAGACUUGGCUCCUGCUAAACAUGUAUGACAGUGACAAGGUCCCAGAAGAGCACUUCCCCACCCUGCUGGCCUACCUGGAGGGGCUGCAGGGCAAGGCCCGCAAGCUGACCCUGCAAAAGGCAGAAGCUCUGAUGCAGGAGCUGGAUGUGGGGGUAUCAGAUGCUGCCCUGCAGGAGAGGGCCCUGCGUCUGCGCCAGGUGCUGCAGCUGCUGUCCUAGCGGGACACUGCCACCCAGUAUUCUGGGCCCUCAGAUGCACAGGAUUCAACAGGACCAGGUCAGGCCAUGUCCCUCCCCUUCGUGACAGUGAGUCAUUGUGCCUUCAGAGGGAUCACCAGACUCACCCUGCACCCAGGAAGUUGCUGUCACACUUUUCUGUUUUUCUACCCGGGAUGUCUUAGAAACUUGCCAGUGCUCGUCCCCUGCCAACUGCGGCUCCUCAGAGUUGGAGUAGGGUGUGGCCCAAGUUGGGGACAGGUGCAAGGAAACUCCACAGGGGCUGCUCUCUGCCCCUGCUGUGUGGCCACCUCGUCAAUAAAAACAAGCAGCUGUG